UUCAUUGUGUAACCUUUUGUGAAGAUGUUGGCACGGAAACUAUAGUUGAAUAACUAUUAAUAGAGCAUAAAUCAGCUCUCGCUUGCAGUCCCUGCACUUUGGAUGCUCCGGCAGGCUCGCGCGUCUGUUGACAAUUAUAGUAAAUUCCUCUCUCACCUCAAAGACGAAAUUUUGGCAGGAAUUUUAUACGUGCGUGUAAAAGUCGAUACAAUAAUUUUGUGAAUUUUCAUCAUCGUUUACUGGCGCCGUAUCGAAUAUUCUACCCGGAAGGGCAGUGGAUUAACAGUCAGGUUAUAUAAUCGGGUAUGAUCUCAACAUUGUGCGCAGUUGGAAAAGCGAUUUGAGAUUACAACAGUAAAUGACGAUUGUUUGAUGAACGUGUGAAAUUUCUCCGUGGUCAUCCUGGGGUUUCUGUUUACAAUACACUGAAUCCUAACCUCUUGUUGAAAUAGCAAAGUUCAACUUACUUCAAACUAAAGACUUCGACCUCCGGUAUAAGUUUCAUCAACAUUGACAUUUUUUGUACAGAAUUUGCUAACGUGACCUCUAGGUUAUUGUAUAUGCAGGAGAAUUUUAAGUUGUGUUUAUGUUUUGUCUUACAAAAAGUGGCUGACCGGGUUGAACGACUGUUGGGAAAUUGAUACGUGGGACGCGAACGUGGUUUGGCUUCAACACGUAGAGACGGUAUUUUGCUAUUAGUUAUCUUCUGCCCUUCUAUAUACACGAUACGGGGAUUAGGGGGCUUAAAGGAUUAUUGUUGAUCAACUCAGAUAUGUAAAAGUUCAAAACGUGUCGGCCAAAGGAAAUUUGGCUUUCAUUACUGGCUUACUUCGUUUACAUCAAGUGAGCCGCAAGUAAAUACGUUUUGCAAGAAUUGUAUUUCAUGAGUCAAGUAACUGAAGUAAGAACUCCUCUUCUGUCGCAGAGCUGUUAUGCCUUGUUUUAAAAACUUGCAUAUACUGUCGUAACGUACUACGGAUCUCGUCAUCUCGCUAGUUUCUGAUAUUCACGACAGGGUUGAACUGGAUCAAAGCUUCUUCAAGAAAAACACAACAGUUCCUACGUUGGCUUCGAAUAUUUUGCCAUUUUGAUAAUUCCAAACGUCGAACGCUGCCUUGUUUCGAGUUACUAUUAAUUAUUCUGGUCGAAGGGCUGGCUUCACAAGAUACAAAACAGCAUAACCCAUCUUCAUUGGUCCCGUCUUGGACAAUAGAAAGCAGUUGGAACAGAUCAAUUAUCUGGAUUUCAACAUUAUCAGCUGAACUUGACAGGCGGAUCUGGAAUGGAUGGUAUCAUUAAAUUUGUACAGAACUGAUUUGGUCUCUUUUCGAAGUUCCCUCAUCCGCUUUCUGUUUCCAGCCUCGCAGAAACUGUACCGUAUAUUUCCACGUGCUCUGCGCACUAAUACACUGAGUCACAGUUCAACCUGUUCAGACACAUCUGGUUUUAAUCAGCUUUUGCUAACUAGCUUCGCAAACAUACUAAUAAAAGUCGAAUGACUGAUUGGUUUGCUCCACACUUUGAAGCACUUUGUCUAGUGGAUAUUCUCGGUAAUUUGUGAGAAAUAUUUCACACUCCUGCCAAGUCUAAGUCUGCAAGACAUAUACGCUUCGCGGUCAAAUCAACGUCGAUUAUAAUUUGAUAUAUCGUAUCCAAUCUACUCCUUCUUGGCAUAUUAUACAUAUACUGUUGUUAAUCGGAAAAUCAACAUCAUUUAGCAUUCCAGCAAUUUCCUUUCAUCUCCUGCCAAACGUUGGAACGUUCUCGUGUGCGAUACUUGAUACAGGAACGGAGGAACCGCGGCCGAGUGGAAAUAUAUUAUGUACUUUCAAGGAAAGGAAUUGUAGCAGCAGGUACAAGUGCAAACUUUGUGUAAACAAAUAUCCUCAGUCUCAGAAGAGUUUAAAAUUCGUUUAACUUUUUGGUCAAGUUUGCAUCUGUUUCUACUUCUGAAAUCGUCUGCUCACAUCAUUGGGACAUAAUCGCUAAUAUACGUAUACAUAACAGUCUGUUACUGGUACAUAAAGAUCUACAUGCAACUUCUUAAACGAGAAGCAAAUAUUGGAUUUUGGGACUCUAAUUAAAACGUGAACGUGCGUCCAAAAGUCUGAGGCAGGGGUCCUGUUUGCGUAGAAUUUAAUUGCGGAAUUAUUUGAUCGCAAUAAUAAGCUAUAAGUGUAAAGGCCAUUCUUUUAUGCGCGGGACAGAUUAAAAGAGGAACACAGCGCAAUAAAGUUUAAUUUAAUCUUGUUUCGACCACGAUAUAUAAUUGACCAUGAACAAUAUUUCUUGAAAAAAGCAGGUAGCUAUAACGACGAUUAGAGAGUUAUUAACUGCAAAGGCUUGCGCACCGAGGGGCAUCUCUUUGAUCGUGAGGAAGCACAUUAAUAAAUCAGCUUUCGUUGCAAGUGUUGAAAAACAGUCUUUGCUGACGAUACGUCGAGAAAACCGGUCACGGUUUCGUACAACGAUUUCGAGUUUCCCGAAUCAAGCUGCGGUCGUAAGCCAUUCGGUGGCAGGACCCUGGCAACUUGAAAUAAACAACUACGAAUAUAAAAACGAUUGUUUAGAGAGGCGCAUAAAUAAAACAUUUUGUGCCUUUUCGCUGACGAAGCUGCAUUAAUCAUACAUAUACAAGUCAGACAACGAUAUUACUUUUUAACAUAUCAGAGUCGAGAGAUUUAAUUGAUCAGGGAAUUUCAUAACUCACAGCGUGAAUUAGUGCGUCGGGUGGCAAAUUGGUUUUUAUUUCGAUUAUCGACAGGACGCUGCGUGCACAGAAUCGGAGUUUCUCGGGACGAGGUGUUAAAUUUACGCAUGACAGUCUCUUGAACAUAGACACUUGAAGAUUCUAUUUCCGAAGGCGUUCUCAAGGAGCUCUGAUAGCGCAUUCUACAAAAUUAUUCAAAGACGACUGUCAUUUUUCAUAUGGACACUUACAAAGCUCCAAGGUCCUUAAAUUACUUGUAAAAACAGGGACACGUAUUUAAUCAUUUAAUUUGACGGUGACGAUACAAGAGUUAUAGUGCAAUUACCAUAGUUUAGCGUUUACGGAAGGAUCAUAAAUAAUGGUGUGAAAGCCUCAAAAUACAGCUGUACUUGCGUUUAAAAUUCAAGUGGAAAGAAGACAAAGAAAAUGGUUGUAUUUUUAACUCCGAACGCGUGAUACACCAUUGAUAUUCUACGAGAAAAGCAGGGUUGUACUGGAAGAGAGCUAUAUAUAGUUUCUAGCUCCCCAUUGUGUGCAAAGAUUUGGUUUUCGAAUCGAGAUUUAUUGUGUUGUUUUAUAAUUGUCACAAAUUGCUUUUAUUUUAAGGCCAUGCAGUUUUAACUGCCAACUGCGUUUCUAGCAAUUGAAAUCACGCCGCCGACAUUGAAACAAAAGAAUCCGAAAAUCCAAGUCAUUAUAACAAAUACGAUUGUCGGAUUAAAAGUGAAAACAAUACAAAUUAUGGCAGCAACAAAUGGAACCGACGCCUUAACGUAUUCGCGUUUUUGGGAGCAGUUCCACGCGGGAUUCCUAAUCCUCGUGUCUGUCACAGCUUUAUUCGGGAACGGUUUCGUGUGCACGGCUGUGUACAAAGUUCGACGCUUGCAAAAGGUCUCGAACUAUUUCCUCGUGUCGCUGGCCGUCUCCGACAUCUUGGUGGUGGUGUUGGCCAUACCAUUUCGCAUCUACUUCGAACUGAACACCGUCUGGCUGCUCGGGAAACACGCUUGCAAAUUCUGGAUAUUCAUGGACAUUCUCUGCAACACCGCCUCUAUCGUGAACCUUUCUCUAAUAUCAGUGGACAGGUAUAUAGCUCUGUCCAAGUCCCUAAGGUAUCUGGCGAUUGCAACCGUCUCGCGAUGUCGCAUCGGUAUAGCGAUCGUGUGGGGAUUCUCGUUCACGAUCGCCACGCUAUCCUUGCACACGUGGUCGUCGGACGGAGGGUUAAUACAUCACCCAUUCUGUCGAAAGAACGAUAAAAUCUACUACACGUUCUCCACGAUAUUAGGGAUCAUUAUUCCACUUGUUGUGCUGAUUGUACUGUACUAUCUCGUGUUUAAGAUCGCGUUGAAACAUCACGUUAAGAUAAUGAAAAGCAAUUACAGCACUCCGCCAUCCUCAGAGGAUUGCGCCGAUCAGUCCCAGCUACGAUCUCGCUCGAACUCCAGCCCACGACGUUUCGCGAUACGGGAGCUGAAGGCGACCAAGACCUUGAUAAUCGUCGUUGGUGCCUUCCUGGUGUGUUGGCUUCCGCUGUGCGUGCUGGUGGUUAUGCAGCAGUAUGUGCCACAGUACAUCGAACGUUGGCCUCCAAAAACCCAAGAAAUAUUGGGACAGUUGCUCCUGUACAGCCUGCCAUUUUUAAACUCUUGUUUAAAUCCCUAUAUAUACACAUGCCAUAACUCAGAAUUUCGAGCGGUGUUCAAAAAAACCUUUUCAAAAAUGCUGCCUUUCCUGAAAUCACGGUCGAAAAAGGAGACAAAAAACACGUUUUGUACCGAGAAUGAUUUUGUGUCAACUGGUGUUUAAUGACAAUUGUGCAGUAUUUAGGCACAUUUGUAUUGUAUGGUCAUACUAUAUAUAUAUAUAUAAGCUAAAUUAUUAUAAAGUAAAGUUUUAAUUUUUAAAUUAUAAGUGCACGGACACGAUAAAAUAUAAUUAUAUAUAAAUAUACGCGCUUCAACACUGGGAAAUGGUUUUCCAAUACUGCAUGUAUUUCUAUAAAGAACGAAUAAUUGUUGAGUUGUAAAAUGCAUGCACGUAGCGCUGUAAAUGUCAAUUGAUAAAUAUACUUCAUAUGCAAGCUGAUAAAAACCGUAUGGAGACAUGCAAUACGCGUCGAUUCAAUAUCUCGUCAUGUUAACACGCGGCUUUUUGUACGGUAUAAUGCUUAGCAUAACAAGUCGCUGAUAACAUCAUGUAUGUAUGAUGCUGUGUAGCUAUUACUAGCUAAUGUGUAGACAUGUAUAUCAGUUUAUGUAUAUAUAUACAUGCAGGUUAUAUUGAGAUAUCUCCAAGCAUGAGAUUAAAGCUGGCGCCGUGGCUGGUGGUAUAUACAUCAAUUUUUUUUUUAAUUAUAACCUGUUUCGAACAAACUCAUUUAGCGUAAGUCGCGAGUGCUUUCGAAGCAACGGGAUAACUCAUGCAUGCAGUUGCGACACCACGUUAUCUAUACACGUCGUUGUUAAUUUAUAUUAGACACAUGCAAAAUGCGACGAUUGAUUGCUGUUCGGUGAUCGAUGUUUAAAAAUUCCUUCGUCAUGAUGUAUGUAUGCAUCAUGCCCAAACGACCUCGUGUUUUGUCGAACGUGGGAGGAUGCAUGUGCGAUUCUAAUUUCUGCCCCAAGUUCAACGUUAAACUUAUAAUCCUGUUAUAUACUGAUGGCUCCCUGAUCAUCCAGCGUAGACGUAUGUGGAGUAAAACUGGAUGGAUGAUAAGCUUGACGUUCAGAGUAUAUAAACACGAUGCUUCAAAGUUCAAAGUUAUAGUUUUGUUUAUGUUGCCUCCAGUAGCAACCGCGGAAUCCACAUGCACGAGAUGGCACUUGAACCCAUAAUAAACCGUAUACCUCUAGGGAGAACAGAUUGAAAGUGACAAGGCAUUUGAAUAAAAUCCAGAUGGACCGAAAAUAGAUUAAAUUUUCACCCCAAACUAUCAUCUGAUCUUUGAGACAAUGCUCAUGUAGUCUAUAUUCAUUAUAAAUGCUUUAAUACUUUUUUCGCAGUUGCUUGCCUUCUCGGCAUGGGGAAAAGAUAAAUGAAAAGAUAGGUCGUAAAAAAAUAUAUAAAAAAUGCCGCGUAUAAUUCUCGCAAAAAUACUGAUAAUGUUGUUUACAAGUUAAUGCUGGAGUUUUAUAAGCUGUUUUAUAUGCAUGUGUGCAUGGAUAUGAUAUAUGAAGCAGACAUUUGAUUUAUUCGUUUGUCAACAGGCCUAGAAUCAAGCUAAUGGCAAUGCCUGUCAAUAUGUGUUAAUUUCAACAGCAAAGCUAUAUAAAUUAGGCCCUUCUUUCUUCAUUAUUAUGUAAUUACGUUGCAUGUCGUUUUGAUAUAAAACAAUUCUGCCUGAAUCGACUGUAAAAAACGUAUAAUUUCAUAAGUAAAGCUGUCGAAGGAAGACUGCAUGCCUUUCGUAGACUUAAAUAUUAUUCAAACCGUUUUAUCAAUGAUUAUUAUCAUCUUGAAUCAACGAAACUGAUCCGCGUGCAUGAUAAAAAUAUGGAUGGUUUGGUUGCGGGUUUAGUUUUCCUUCCACUACUACAGGAGAAGGUGCGGACCUAAAAGUAGCUUUAAUAUACACAAAACCCAAGACUCGAUAGUUACAUCUGUCGUUUAUCGCUCAAGUUUUUACGAGAACGCCUCCAACAUGCAUAUAAUCGUGUUUUGAGAAAAUACGUUGAAAUGUAAUAAAAUAUGUAUGUGUAUGUAACCUCAGUAAAGGAAGUAAAAUCACCACGUAUUUUUAAGAAUCUUUUGAAGCAAAAGUAUUUCUUGGGUGUGCGUCAUGUAUUUGAUGUGGAUGUCUUUUGUACGUGGCGUUCUAUUUGUCUUAAAUGUAACUCUAUACGUAAUCUUUCUUCAGAUAACCUCAGACUAUGUUGUUAAUCGUCUGAAUCCACGUUUGUAUUGUGUGUAUAUCUUGUCCAAAUUUGUAAAUAGUUAUAUAUGUUAACCUUGUAGCUAUUGGGAGAAUGCCUUGGUUAGGGUUGUGCUCUGUCGCAAUCUCCCUUGUUGUCAAGUGUAAUAUUUAGACUUCACAACUAAAAUAAAGUAUACAUGUAUAUGUAUAUGCCAUAUAGGCUAUGGGAAAAACCCCAAUAUAAUACUUUACUCGUCAGAUAUAGUUUGGAAUCAAUUGGUUUCAACAACUGAAUAUAUAGCAAUCAACAUGCAUGAUUGACAAAUUGCUCGGAUUUUAGUUUUUCUCGAAUACUAUAACUAUAUAUCCGGAGGCUAUUUUCUUUGAUUCAGUUUGAAUUAAUAUAGUGCGUGAUAGGAUGUUUGAAAGGUAGUAAAUUUUUCGUAGGAAUAGAUUAUUCUUUUGUCAAUAUUUUUUUAUUAUUCCUUUAGUUCCAGAUGUUUUCAACGGGAAAACAGUAUGAGCCGAUAUACCUAUAUUGAUUAUACGUUUAUAAAUAUCUUUACGAAUUCGUUUUAGUCAAGAGCUUAAGACAAAUAGGAUGUUUGCGAUAUCGGCUACAACCUUUACUUAGAAUAUAUAUAUACAUAUAUAUUAUAUCAUGCAUAUAUGCUAUACCCUUUUUGGAUCUCCUAUAUGUAUUUAUAAACUCCAGUUAAAGUCUAGUCCAGUGGCCUUUCUCUAAAGUCAAUUCUCAUAAUUAUGUAGAAUUAUAUAUCCAUAUAUUAUACUGUAUUGAGACUAUAUUCCACACAAGUUUAUAUAGUGGGAAAAAAUUACGACAGGCUUCGCCUUCCGGGCUUGCUGCUGCCUGCUUGUACGUGCUGAAUUGCGGUGAAUCUUUGUAAAAAAAAUUAACACGUUUUUCAAACGUAUAUAUAAUUAAAUUCGACCGCCCCUUAAAUGAAAAAAGAAGUUGACAACCAUCCUGUUUGUUAAAUAAAUUAGAAGCUUGUUGCCAAGGCAAGAAAGUUUGUUAUUGGCAUACUAUAGUAGCAGAAACGCUUCGUUCAAAGGUUCAAACCAGUUCAAUCAAACCACAAAACAUAAAACUCUUGUUCUCAAACUAUUUCAGGCAAUGGUAUAUAUUUUUCUCCGGUAGAAUCACUCCUGAAAAAAACAUAUUUUUCAUAUUGAGAGAAAGUUAGACGUCCUGCCCACUUUUUAUAUGAUUGAUUGUUGCUAUAAUUCCUUUCAAAUAUUUGUAUUAAAUAAAGAAGUUGGAUGAACACAAUACUAGCAUAUAUAAUAUAGCAUUUGAGUAUAUAGCAAAAAGUGCCGAGUUUGACAUGACCUUGCUUCGUGUGAGUGGCAGACAGUUUGAAUGGCACCGCGUAUAACAGACGAUGGCUCUAUCCAAAUCCUUUUGUCCAUGCAGAUUGUCAAUUAUUGUGGAUAAAUGUCAUUUCAUGUUGUCCAACAAAAGUCUUUCAACACUCGAUAAACGUGAAAUAAAAUUAAGUCGAAUUGUUGCAUGCGUAUAAGAUAUAUACGAAUCAUAUUUAUGGCACCUAGUAUAGUAUAUAUUACUCGUAUAUCUAGUAUAUAUCUAUUUACAUCUAAAAAUUUCUUGUUCAAUCUGAAAGUCUUAUAUUGGGCAGGUAUAUUUCAU